AUGUUCGGAGAAGACAAAGACUAUGAUUGGGACGACUACGACGAAUACCAGCGGGCGAAGAUCCUUUCAUUGCAGGCGAUGAGAACAUCGAGCUCGAACUGUCGGACGACACAGACGACGACACAGACGACGAAGAUGCCGCCAACUUUGAUGCCGAAGGGCUAUGGGAGCGUGUGCCAGCUUCAAGAGCGGAACUCAAACAAUCCGUACGCGCCCUUCCUUUCUUUCACCGACUGUGCGGUGGCCAUGUGGGCGAAGAUGCGUGGACCAGGCUCUACGGCAGUCACGGAAUUGCUCGAAAUUGAAGGGCUGGCUUCCCGUCUGGGGCUGUCAUUCAAGAACUCACGGGAUCUGAAUAAGAUCAUCGACACGCAGCUUUCGUCGCCACGUCCUCGUUUCAAACGUCAAGAGAUACUCGUUGCUGGCGAAGUUUUCGAAGUCUUCUUCCGCGACGUCAUCGAGUGUAUUCGAGCGCUCUAUGGCGACCCGGAGUUCACCGGACUGCUGGUCUUCAAGCCAGAGAAGCACUAUGCCGACCCAGAGCAUGAUAUCCGAGUGUACUUUGAUCUGCACACCGGAAAAUGUGGUGGAGACCCAGAUCGCAGGGGUACAAUCAUUCCUAUCAUCAUCUCAUCGGACAAGACGCAGCUCACUCUCUUCGGCAACAAAACUGCCUAUCCCGUAUACCUCACCAUCGGCAACCUCCCCAAGGAUAUUCGCCGCAAGCCUUCGCGUCGUGGACAGAUUCUGCUCGCAUAUCUCCCCACCACUAAACUCGAGCAUGUCUCCAUCAAGGCUGCCCGCAGUCGCAUCCAGGCGAACCUCUAUCACGCAUGCCUCGGACAAAUAUUGAAACCUCUUCGAAAGCUGGUUGGUGACGGUGUUGUUCGACGAAACCAUCCCAUACUCGCUGUCCACAUCGGAGAUUACCCGGAGCAACUUCUCACAACAUGCUGCAAGUCAGGGGAGUGCCCUCAAUGCGACAUUGACCGCAACGACGUCGGAGCCACAACAGAUCCCAACCGGCCCCGUCGCGACGUCGACUUGGUUCUGGAUGCGCUUGACGUCGCCACCUCCGGAACACCAAGGGAGUUCGUCAACGCCUGUGCUAAUGCACGGAUCAAGCCGCACCUCCCUUUCGUCAAUAUCUUCCGCUCCCUACAUCAAGGGGUUGUCAAACACGUCAUCUCGUGGCUCAAGGUUGCAUACGGCACUGAAGAGAUCGACACCCGGUGCCGUCGAAUGCCUCCAAAUCACCAAAUCCGCGUCUUCAUGAACGGCAUCACAGGUCUGCAACGCGUGACGGGAAAGGAACACGCCGCGAUCUGUCGUUUUCUUCUAGGACUUAUCGUCGAUCUUCCCCUUAGGGAUGGGUUCUCUCCGAUUCGACUUGUGCGCGCUGUCCGCUCUAUCCUCGACUUCCUCUACUUGGCUCAGUAUCCGUCGCACACGUCAGAUAGUCUUGAUCUUCUCAAGGCUGCACUGCGUAGCUUCCACGAUGACAAGGACAUUUUCGUCGCUCUCGGCAUCCGGAUCCACUUCAAGAUACCCAAGCUCCACUCCCUCGAUCAUUACCCCUUCUCCAUCACUCUCUUUGGCACUACCGACAACUAUGAUACGCAGUACACGGAAAGACUGCACAUCGAACUCACGAAGGAUGCUUUCCGGGCCACAAAUCGCAAGGAUGUCUUUUCGCAGAUGACGCUUUGGCUCGAACGCCGCGAGAAGAUGCAGCGUCACGCCGCCUUCGUUGCGUGGCGUUCUCCUGUACCACAGAUAUCCGGCUCGCCCCGCAUCCAUCUUCCUAAGACGCCAAGUGCACGCCAGGUGUCAGUCCGAACGGCGUGUGCCGCCAUUUAUGGUGCCCCUUUUUUCCGUGACGCUCUCGCCAGGUUUAUUGUGUCGUUCCGCGAUCCGACACUCACCCACGCCCAAAUCGAGCAGCAUUCCGUGGGGCUGUCCAUUCCUUUCGACACGGUACCGGCCUACCACAAGAUCAAGUUCCACCUACCGAGUGCGCAACAUGUCAGGAUUAUGGACGACUUGCAGGACGCCGUGCACGCGCGUCCUGAGCGCAUCGAUAGGCGAGGGAGGGUCGUACCGGGCAGAUUUGAUACUGUGUUGGUGAAGGAAGAUGAUAGCGAUGGCAUGCAGGGAAUUCACAAGUACCGUGUGGGUCGCCUUCGCCUGGUUUUCACCAUCCCGAAGGCUGCGCGUGACUUUCUCUUCCCUCGAAUAAUGCCUCCGCAGCAUCUCGCCUACGUUGAGUGGUUUACGGCGUUCACAGAGCCAGACCCAGCGCAUGGUAUGUACAAGGUCUUGCGCUGUCGAAAUGCCAACGGCGAUCGUCUCGCAAGUGUUAUUCCUGUCACAGAUAUCUAUCGCGGCUGUCAUUUACUUCCUGUAUUCGGUGCAGUGGCACCUCGCAAUUGGACCAGUAGCACCCCAUUAGCGCGGAUUAUCGAUUAG